AUGGCAAAAAACUUGAAUCACACAUCUCUAGUCUUCACAAUUCUUGUUCUAAUCACAAUGCCAAUUGGUCAAUGUAGUGUUUUCCACCCCAAUGAUGAGACACUAAUUCAUUCCACAUGCAACGAAACACUAUUUUCGAAUCUAUGUGUCCAAAUCCUCAAUUCAUACCCAAGUAGCAGAAAUGCUAAUCGUAGAGAAUUAGCACUAAACAUGAUUGAUUUCAUAAAAUCAAAAUCAAUCGUUAUAUUGAACAAGAUUCAUCAACUCCAACAAGGGGCUACUGGUAAAUUUAAGGAUGCCUUGGAUUCAUGUAUUGACCAUUACAACGACAGAAUCUUAAAGGUUGAUUUGCCACAAGCCAUUAGCGGAAUUGAGGCUAAUAACCCUAAAUUUGCUGAAAAUGCAGUUAUUGAGUCUUACAUUUGUGAGAAAGGGUUCAAUGGUAAUUCACCAUUAAGCAAUGAAAACAAGGCUGUGCGUGAUGGGGCAAAUAUUGCAAGAGAUAUUGUUAUAUUGUUGUAUUAG